AUCACAGCCAUUAUUGUUGUGGCAUUAAAGAUUUGGUGGUCAAGACCCGGCGGUUAGAGGUAUCGUAGAUGCACGCCACUUUUCGCCCUGUAUUGUCAGUCGGGGUGUUGGGCCAUAGUAUGACGGUGCAAACUAUAUAUGACGCCUCUAUCCAGGUUUUCAAAUGGUACUUCUAAGUGCCUAACCACUAUCGCUUUCACCCAUUGCAGAGUUAGAACAAAGAUAUUUACCUAAAGCUACCAGUCUAUACGCCAAUUGCUAUCAUGUCUUACAAAUCGAAGCUUACAGGCCUCGCACCUGGCCUGGUAAAAUUGGCAGAAAAUGCCGUUGAGGGGAGGAUGAAAGCUAACCCUUGGAUUAAGGAUAUCAAACUCAAGGGUACUGAGCUGCACACAAGCCAUGAUGGAUCGGGCAAGAAGGUCAUUACGAUUCAAAUGCUCAACGAGACGGGUGGGCGGGUUGAAUCAAUCCACAUGGAAGAGACGGGUGAAGUGACCGUGAAGGGAACGGCAAAGGGAAAGGGGACGAAAAAAGGAGAUGCGUUCGAUGAUGUCCCUACAACGUCGCGUGAUAUUGAUCCGUCGCUCCUGAAUCAAAGCUCGACUGUCACUUUGUGCGCCUAUAGCGAGAUGUCAUUGUGUGUACUUAGAGCGGGAGUUGUUAAAUCAAUCAUUUCCCUCAAAACAUGA